AAAACACACUUAAAGGUCACACUCAACGAAGAAGGAUCCAAAUCCCUACGCAGUGCCAGCGAAGCACACUACAAAUAGCCAACAGAGACCCGCAGAUAACGCACCAAACUACCCCAAUGGCGCCACCCCUGCUCCUCCUCCUCGCUUCUCUCCUCCUCGUCGCAGCGCGGCGAGCCCUCGGCCUCGGCCUCGGCCAGUGGCAGCCCGGCCACGCCACGUUCUACGGCGGCGGCGACGCCUCCGGCACGAUGGGUGGCGCGUGCGGGUACGGGAACCUGUACAGCCAGGGGUACGGCACGAGCACGGCGGCGCUGAGCACGGCGCUGUUCAACAGGGGCCUGAGCUGCGGCUCCUGCUACGAGCUCCGGUGCGCGGGCGACCACCGCCGGUCGUGCCUCCCCGGCGGCGCCACCGUGACGGUGACGGCGACCAACUUCUGCCCCCCGAACUACGCGCUCCCGAGCGACGGCGGCGGCUGGUGCAACCCACCGCGGCGGCACUUCGACCUCGCCGAGCCGGCGUUCCUCCGCAUCGCGCGGCACGCCGCCGGGAUCGUCCCGGUCUCCUUCCGCCGCGUGGCGUGCGCCAGGAAGGGCGGCGUCAGGUUCACCGUCAACGGCCACGCCUACUUCAACCUGGUGCUCGUCACCAACGUCGGCGGCGCCGGCGACGUGCGCUCCCUCGCCGUGAAGGGGUCGGGGUCCGGGUCGCGCGUGGGGGGGCGGUGGCAGCCGAUGUCGCGCAACUGGGGGCAGAACUGGCAGAGCAACGCGUACCUCGACGGCAAGGCGCUCUCCUUCCGCGUCACCGCCGGCGACGGCCGCUCCCUCACCUGCGCCGACGUGGCGCCCGCCGGCUGGCAGUUCGGCCAGACCUUCGAGGGCAGGCAGUUCUAGAUUAGUUUAGCCAAGAGGAUUAUUAUCUCUUAAUUCUUACUAGUAUCUUUUGAGUUUAAUUGCACACCCAAUCGGUGUUUAGUGAGGUCUAGUCGUCUAGUAGAUGCUGAGGUUGCUGUGGCUCCUGCAAGAGAAGGCAAGGCAUUUCGCGCCCGCGUGUCAGAGGCCGGAUGGUUUGCAGUUUGCUGCUCUGCUCUUAGUUCAGAUUUGUACAGGGCAUGUGGCAUGAGUAAAUGAGUUGAUUAGUUAGGUCCAGAGAGUGGCUGGCUAUAGUGCGAGCGGUGAUCGGUGAGCCAGCCUCUCUGAAAAAGAGUGAGCUGUCUGUACAAAUGCAGUUGCUUGUUUGCUACUCACUCCAUUUAAAAUAUAGCAAUUUAUAUUAUUUCUAAAAUA